AUGCCAGUCCCAAGUGGAUAUAUGGGUAAGUUUCCGCAACCGCCACAGUUUUGUUUACUACGUGAAUUACUUAGCGAUAAAGUCACGUGGCCGUUCCGAAACGUCAAGUUGCGAAAUGUCGAAAAACCAAUUUUUCAUUCCCAGUUCAACCUUCUGUUUUUCAGAGCUUCUUCUCAUGAGUGCGGCUUGGAUUUCCACCAAACGUAUGUUUUCUUCCUAAUUCAAUUGUUUCCAUCAGUACGUACUUUUACAGUAGCCCGUGUCUUGACUGCUUCGGUGCAUUGGAAACUCGAAAAAAGAAUGGAAGACUUGCUUCUCACUCCUAACAUGAGCCCGGAAGUUAUCAAACAGACGGUGAGUCACUUAGAAUCUCUAAACGAAUAGUUGUUCUGAAUUUACAGGAGGCCGCGCUCUUCUUCCUCCGCACCGAGACCCAAUUCCGUCUGUACAUAUUUAAAAAGUGUUAUCUUCUUAAGAAUGACGUUUUUGAGAAUCGUAAGUGCAAAUUAGUGAGACUUAUAGUUACAUUGUAGAAUUUUCAGCUGAGAUGCCGAUUCCACAAUGUCCGAACCUCAAAGAACUCGAAGAAGUUUGCGGAGAGACACGCACGGAGAUUUUCAUGUCUUUCGCGGAAGUGAUGAACCCGUACAUGUCCGGGCUGGCGAACAAUGCGAUGAAAGCCUACAAACAGGCUACUAUCCAACAGCUCAAAGACGUGCAGAAGAAGAAGAUUCACCCGUACUGGUACGAUCUGAGACACACAAGCCUGGACGAGAAGGUUGAGAUCCGCCGUCUCACCGCUAAGGUCUACUACCUCCAUCAGAAGCACAGGAAAAAGUUGGAGAAGUUGGAGAACAAGAUCGACCGUCAGAUUGCUGCCUUCAAGAAGGAAUGCAAAACCUGUAUGACGAACAUCAUCAAAGACUCCGAGAAAGACCUCAGAAAGGUGGAUGCGAUGCAGCGAAUGCCGGACGACUUGGAUCCGAUGCCGGAUGAGGUGCGAUUGUUUUUCGAUAAGAUGCAUUCGAUGCCGGAGAGCGUCCAAUUGUGUUUGGAUGAGACGCGUUCGAUGCCGGAUGAGAUGCAUACGAUGCCGGAAGAGGUCCGAUUGUGUCUGGAGGUGAAGCGUGGGAUGCCGGAUGAUUUGGCCUAA